AUGGACUCCGAUGUCCUUGAGGCGGAAUGGAAGGCUUUUAAACUAAAGCAUGGGAAGAGCUAUGGUUAUGGGAAAGAGGAAACGAUGCGAUUCAAAAUCUUCAAGGAUAAUAAGUACAUGAUUGCAACGCACAACAAACGAUGGGCUGCUGGCAAAAAAACGUAUAAGAUGGGUGUAAACAAAUUUACGGACCUUCAAUUUAAGGAGCUUGAAGGUUGCAUCAAUAACGCGACUAUGGAUGUUGUUAAAAAUAGCACGAUGUUUUAUGUAACACCCACAGUGUCGAAGUUAAAACUUCCCAAAAGAAUCAAUUGGCGCAAAAAAGGUGCCGUUAGCUCUGUCAAGGAUCAGGAUUGUGGAGAAGUAGGGACUCACGCAGUUCUCGUUGUAGGCUAUGACACCCAAAGAAGAGAGGGAGACUACUGGCUGGUUAAGAACUCAUGGGGCGACAAAUGGGGUGAGAAAGGAUAUGUUCGUAUGGCACGCAAUAAAGGAAACCAAUGUGGGAUUGCCAAUACCAUUACGUUCCCGAUGUUAGAAACAAAUUGA